AAACUUCUAUAACAUUUCGCACAACCCUUUCAGCAGUCAUGAGUAAACCCUCAAGACCCCUGAAAAUUGGGGCACCAGAAAUGAACAGCAAGCUCAAAAUCACAAACCCAAAUGGAGAAGACAGGCUCAGCAGCUUACCCGAUGAAUUAAUUCAUCAGAUCCUAUCAUUUCUGGGCACUCGACAAGCGGUUCAGACAAGCAUUCUCUCCAAAAGAUGGAAGCGUAUGUGGACUGGUCUCCCUGUCCUCUCAUUUGAUGGGUAUGAUCAGCUUUUCCCAUACACUCAUUCUGGUAUCAUCAGAUUUAUUGACCAUGUUUUGAAAAAUCGAGACCAAGAUACCCAUGUUUCUUGUUUCAAGUUUCUUGCUGUUUAUCCGUUUCCGCCUAAUUUUGUAAGAAGGUUGAUUAAUUAUACAAUUGACCAUAAUGUUGAAGAGCUCGAUAUCGAUUUGCAGUUCCAUCGUUAUAAGCCGUUCAAGUUAUCGACGUUUAAUUCUGAUACCUUGAAGAAACUUAAGUUACGGGUGCCUCUUGACUAUGAUGAAUCAUUGCGAACAGAUUCUGAGUGGGUCUUGCCUGCUUUAAAAGCUUUGCAUUUGAUACGCCCGCCACAUAUGUCAAGUUAUAACUUAUCUGAAUAUUGUUUGAUAUGGUUGCCAAAUUUGACGACUCUGUGUCUUGAUGGCAUUAGGUUGCCGGAAUCGCUGUCGUCUAUCAGCGUGCCUUGUCUGACAACCCUCAUUAUGAAAAGGGCCAAAUUGCCGGAAAAUGUGUGGGAUUUGCCAGCUUUACUAAGUCUGGAACUGGAUGAGGUAGAUUUACCUGCGAACAUGAAUGAUUUUUUCUCUGCCCUUGUGAGUGUGCGGGAUAUUACAAUAUCUUUCAGUGGAUCGUGUAAACACAAUUGGAUUAUAUCUUGUCCCCAAUUAGUGCACCUCCAGAUCUGUACCAACUUUUCAUGUAUUUGCUGGAUCCAUGAAAUAGCGGUUUUGUCAAACAAGCUCCGUGAACUUUCUUUAGUUGGUAUCUUUAUGGUCAGGUCAAAAGUUCAUGAAUUGGAGAAUGUAUCUGUAAAAUUAUGGGAUACAAAUGAGUUCAAUGAUGCAACAUUGGAUGAGAAGGGAUUACAUUAUGAUUUUGUCAUACCCAUGUUAUCAGAACUGGGUAAUGCCAGGACUCUUACUCUCGACUCUGCUAUGAUUGAGGCACUUUAUACAGUUUCCAACAGUUUGGGACGUGUUCCUUCUCCAUUCAAAAAUUUGAAGUAUGUGAAACUGCCUCAAGGAAAUAAAGAAUCUGGUAUAUCUACUACCCUCAGAAAAUACUUACUCGGUGGCAAUCCAAGAGCCACUAUUGUCACAUCAUUGCCUCAGGUACUUUAUACAGUUUCCAACCAUUUGGGACGUGUUCCUUCUCCAUUCAAAAAUUUGAAGUAUGUGAAACUGCCUCAAGGAAAUAAAGAAUCUGGUAUAUCUACUACCCUCAGAAAAUACUUACUCGGUGGCAAUCCAAGAGCCACUAUUGUCACAUCAUUGCCUCAGGCACUUUAUACAGUUUCCAACAAUUUGGGACGUGUUCCUUCUCCAUUCAAAAAUUUGAAGUAUGUGAAACUGCCUCAAGGAAAUAAAGAAUCUGGUAUAUCUACUACCCUCAGAAAAUACUUACUCGGUGGCAAUCCAAGAGCCACUAUUGUCACAUCAUGGCCUCAGAGAAAGUUGAAUCAUCAAGUGGUGUCAAACUCCUCGACAUCGCAAAAGGUCUGUGUUGAUACUGGAAAGAGGGUUCAAGGAGAGCAUUUGGUCGAGAAUUCUGUUGUAGAUGCUGGAAAGGUGAGACAGAUUGGUUGUCCAGUUGAAGGAACUGGAAAAGGUUUGUACGUGUCCAAAUUGAGCUUUUUGAAUCUCAUUCCUUGGCAACAUAUAUUUCCUUUUCAUGGAGCUCAAAAUUAUCCUUGGCAAGUUGGCGUACACUUUGGUCGGUCUUCUUAGAGAUGGUGCCACCGCAAAAUGAAGCCUUAACUUUGAUGCUCUGUCAAUCUAAUCUAUCAAGCCUCCUAAAAUCACAGUGUAUUUAAUUUAUACACAUAAAUUUCCUUCUUGAGUUCGUGAAUUUGGUGUGAAUUAGGUAAUAGUCUCAGGAAUCAGCUGGAAUUAACUACUGAAGCCCUCAAUAUGAAUGUAAAACCCAUAAUAUUUGUAAAAAUUUCAAUGGGUUACAAGCAUGAAUAAAGAUUAACCUCA